CUGGUUUCUCUUUGUCCUGGUGGAUUUUUUCAUUUUAUUUGACACUCCAAAGGCAAUUUCUGUGAUUCUAUUUCAGCAGAACCAGCAACAGGGUUGUGUUUCAGGACUGCAAAAGUGGCCUGUGUGUCUUUAAUUCUCCUCGACUUUGUGCUCAGGGACUUGUGAACAUUUCAAAUCUGCAAAUCAUGAUGCCUGCAACGUAUAGCCUAAGUUCCCUGUCACAAAAGCACCCUGGGUAGCACUGAUUGAAAAAUACAAUUUCAGUUUUACAGAUAAAAUUCAAGUGGUAAGCAGAAGAAUGAGAGCAGCCAAGAUCUACAAUUACCAAGGAAAAGGCAACAAAAAAGCAAGAAAAGCCUUCUGCUGUCACCUCAGGAGGGAGAUAAUGGUAAGCAGGAAAAGCUUCAAAAAGACAUUUCUGCUGAGGAGCAGCUCCUCUCCCAGCCCAGCAGGGCUGAGGGCACUGCCUGCAGGCACUGAGGGGACAGGAGCCAGGCACAGACAGGCUGAAGGCAAUCAGGACUGGGAAGACAUUGAGCUGAGACUUCACUUGGGGAAACAUCUUCACAGCCCUGGACAUGUGCAUGAUGCCCAGAGACAGCAAAUGUUCAACAGCAGCUCCAUCAGCCACUUCCUCCUGCUGCCAUUGGCAGACACGCGGCAGCUGCAGCUCCUGCACUUCUGCCUCUUCCUGGGCAUCUCCCUGGCUGCCCUCCUGGGCAACGGCCUCAUCAUCAGCGCCGUAGCCUGCGGCCACCACCUGCACACCCCCAUGUUCUUCCUGCUCAACCUGGCCCUCACUGACCUGGGCUGCAUCUACACCACUGUGCCCAAAGCCAUGCAGAAUUCCCUCUGGGACACCAGAAACAUCUCCUAUGAAGGAUGUGCUGCACAGAUCUUCAGGGCUGUGCUGAGGAUCUCCUGUGAGCAGGGAUGGAACAAAGCCUUUUCCACCUGCCUCCCUCACCUGGCUGUGGUCUCCCUGUUUCUCAGCACUGGCUUUUUUGCCUACCUGAAGCCCCCCUCCAUCUCCUCCCCAUCCCUGGAUCUGGCCCUGUCAGUUCUGUACUCGGUGGCGCCUCCAGCCCUGAACCCCCUCAUCUACAGCCGGAGGAACCAGGAGCUCAAAGAUGACCUGAGGAAAAUCAUCAUGAAUGCUUUUCAGCAGCAAUAAACUCUUAUUCUCCUUUAUAGCUCUUUUGAUGUUACUCA